AGCAUUCAAGAGCAGGAGCAGCAGGCAACUAACUGCACUUGCAUCACAACCACACGGUCGUGGACGGAGGAAUGGGGGGGGUGUACAGCUAGUUAGAUUUCCCGAUUAGAAGGAAAAGCUCACUACAAUCGAUUAAGAUGGUGUCGUGGAUUAUCUCCAGGCUGGUAGUCCUGGCCUUCGGGACCCUCUACCCGGCCUACUCCUCAUACAAGGCUGUCAAGACGAAGAAUGUGAAGGAAUAUGUGAAAUGGAUGAUGUACUGGAUAGUGUUUGCGUUAUUCACCACUGUGGAGACCCUCACUGACUUGUUCAUGUCCUGGUUUCCUUUCUACUUUGAGUUGAAGAUAGCCUUUGUGAUCUGGCUCCUGUCUCCGUACACUAAGGGCUCCAGCGUGCUCUACCGCAAGUUCGUCCACCCCACCUUGUCCAACAAGGAGAAGGAAAUAGAUGAGUACAUCACCCAGGCCAAAGACCGUAGUUAUGAGACUAUGAUGAGGUUUGGAAAGAGGGGGCUGAACUUGGCUGCUACAGCCGCCGUCACCGCAGCUAGCAAGGGCCAGGGUGUGCUGUCGGAGAAGCUGCGUAGUUUCAGCAUGCAGGACCUGACUCUGAUCAACGAUGGGGAGGAGCUGGGCCUGCGUUCCUCUGACCCGCGCAUGAGAAGAGAAGCCAUGGACGACACAGUUACUGGAAGUAGCACGCUAUCUAACACACUGCCCCGCGCCAAAGCCACACGCCAGACUCGUUCCUCCAUGGUUCCUCAUCUUGACGAAUCAUCGCAGCACAGCUCGGACCAAUCAGACACCAGGAGCAUCACCACGGAGCAUUCUGACGAGGACGUCGUGGAGAAGGCCCCCGUGAAACGCACGGCCAGUGUCAGGGCAACCAAAAAACCUGCCGCUGCCAAGACAGAGACGACUACUACUACUACUAAGACGGUGAAAAAGAUGCCAAAGAAGAAGACUGCCACUACAGCUAUAGCCAGCAACAACGGCGAGUCACAAUGAUACCUGAAUCUACUGUCCCGAUCUACACCCUACUGUACGCUACUAUACACAGACACAGCCAAGGACCUCUGGACAGUCACUCUUGCCAGUUAAGCGCAACUCACAGGUUUCGUUCUACUAUAUAUGCCCAGCUUCAUUUCAACUCACAGGUUUCGUUCUACUAUAUAUGUCCAGCUUCAUUUCAACAGCACUUUUUAUUUAACCUGCUGCUUACAUUUGAGGUUGUAUAGUUAUUGACAUCAGUGUAUGUAAGUGCAUGUUUUGUUUGAGGUAAUGGCAGUGAUGGCCUGUUAACUGAACUGAAAAUGUGUUGCUUCCUUCCUCCUGUACCGUUUACAGCCUUCUCUGUGUUGUCUAUCCAAGGCCUCACACUGGAUUGACUUGACUUAAUCCUCUUGGUCCCUUUAGGAGCAUAGGGCAUCCACCCUGGCUCUUCAACUCACUCACUGCGAGGGCUUUUGCGUCUUGCCAGGAGAUUCCUGCUGGAUUAUUGGAGACUCAUUCUUUCUCAGGAUCAGCUUAAGCUGCCUGAGUCCUUAUGUUAUCCAAUGCUAAACUGGCCUUAGAUCAGUGUUAUAAGGGCAGCAUUCCAAUCAGCAUGUUAUCUACUCUCUAUUGGAAGGUAGUUUGGGGCUGCCAUGUAGGGGAAGGUACUAUAGCGGACUAGGCAUGUCUGGAGGAGAGAGCAGGGAGGCCAGGGAAGAGAGAGAGAGGGAGGGGUGCAAAAGAGUUGUGGAACGGACAGACUAGCUCUGCUCAACAUGUCCCUACUACGGAGAUCAGUCUCACCGCUGUCUGUGGAAGUCUAUAGGGCCAUGCCCCUAUCCCCUUUGGGAAGUCUGUCUACAUGGAGGCGGUCUUGUCGUCUCUGGAAAGCGGAGGACAUUCUGGGAACACUUAGAUCUCUAACUGUGUUAAGCUCAUGCCAAGGUUUCUCAUACCAUUCACUCUGUUGUGGAGCAGUGGUGCCCAUCGAGACUGAUAAACACUUAGUCACGCGCUGGCAGAGCGAUGAACAGAGCGGUGUGUGUGUUCUCCCUCUGAACAACUCCACCCAUCCUCACUCGGUGCAGAACAGAAAGUCCAGCAGAAAGACCCACAGAUUCAGGCGUCAUUACCUUUUGUGUGUGUGUUGUGUCUCUGCAUUGGUGUAUGCGUGUUUAUAUUUUUGGAACGUGACCACACUUCUGUUUCACCCCCCUCCUCUCUGUUGACCCAACUGCAUAGAGACAGAAUGACAUUUAGCAUUCUAUGACCACUUAUAAUCACAAACAUUUAUUUGAUUCAUUUAAAACUCAGUACAACCACAUGUUGAUAAUGCGUUUAAAAUCAUUGAGGAUGACAACGUUAAUGGUCCUAUUUAAAUUACUCAAAUGUACAGACAGUACAUAGUAGGCCUCUGCUACACAGUAGACCUAGCAUACUUGGGUUAAAGAGUUAAUUUUUAUUUUUUACUUGUAUAGCGCUUUUCAAAGCGCGCACAAAGUGAAACAUUGAAAUGAUGGCGAUUGAGAAUCUGCUGUUUUUGGGAUGAAGUUGAGGCAAUUUGAGCUGGAAAGUCAUUGUAGGUUCAGAGGGCAUCGACGGGACAGCCAAGGAGAAAAAACUGGCCCAGAGCUCUACAACAGUGCACCACCUGCUUUUCUGAAUGGUCAGUCACUCGAUUGGAGUCAGGAAUGUAGCGCCCACCUGGGUGAGGCCACAGCUGCUGAAAAGCCACUACAUCUUGAGUGGUUAGGAGCAUUCCCUGAACGGUCCCUGAAUUUCCUCUGCUACCUCUGGCUACAAAAUGCAGUUCUUGCUGUAAAUCCUUCCAAACGGAUUAAACAAAAAAAAAACAGAUUAUUUUGAAUCCAGACAAACCGCUAGCUAUCAAGCCAAAAGAUGGACUUUAUCACAAUCCUGCAACUCUGAGAGUCAAGACCACAGGAUAUAGAGCAGUCAAAACCCACAAAAUAAAUACACAUAUUUAGAGCUCUUUGCCUAGGCUAUGUUAUGAUGCCAUGGCAACCACAGAACCAAUAAGCAUAAUCAUCAUAAUAUUAUAACCAUCAAUAACAUCAAUGUCUUACACUGCAGCGCUUAGCCUAGCUAUACUGUACUCUCCUGUGUCUGACAACCAAACAUUUUAAUUGCAUUGUGUGGACAUUUAGCGUUAGCGGUGUCAGGGUGGUGUUGUGCCCUAUUAGGAAGACCUUCAGGCUGUCUGGCUCUUACCUGGGUGAGCACCCCAGUCUGACUGGUGAAAUAUCUGAGGGAUCAACUACUAUCAUAGUCCUAAAUUGUCACACUAGGUGUUGUUAACUAUUGUAGCCUAUAUGACUAAUGUCACACACUACUUCUAUUCCCGAAUAGGUUAGUUAUGCAUGACAUAUCUCUACUUCUGGGCCUGUAUCCACGAAGCGUCUCCAAUUAGGAGUGCUGAUCUAGGAUCAGGACCCUACCUGUCCGUAUAAUCAUAUCAAGGAAUCUGAUCUGAAGGGCCUAGAUCAGCACUCCCACGCUGAUCUAGGAUCAGGACCCUACCUGUCCGUAUAAUCAUAUCAAGGAAUCUGAUCUGAAGGGCCUAGAUCAGCACUCCCACGCUGAGGCGCUUUAAGGACACGGGGCCCAGAUGUCUGUUAAUCCAGGGUCUCGACCAUAUCGUUCUUUCUCUGAAAGAGAGCAACUAAACUAGCAUAUCCUCGUCAUCUGACAGUAGCCACCUCAAACAUGGUGGAAACUGGCUUACCCUGUUAGAUAGAUGUAAGGAUACUGUGGAUAAAUGAUCUUCCAAUAGUGUCUAAAACUGUUAAAACGAUGUGCCCUGCUAGUGUUUUUCUUUAAAAAAUAUGUAUACAUCCAUAGCAUACAGGUGCGUUUUUGGACGAGUGUUCUUUAGGGCAUCUAAUCAAAAACUAUUGCCUUGUCUGAAAUCUAAUCCUAACCUUGUCCCUACCCUCAGACACCUCUUGUCAAUCUCCCCUAGAUACUGUGGUAGAGUGCAAAGGAUUGCAUGGGAUUAGCUAUAAAAUAAAAAAAACCUGUGACAAGAGCACCACCUAGCUUCCUUGUAGAUUAGGUUGAGUUUCCACCAUGUUGUGCUUUGUCUUACACCUAUCUGAUCCUCUCAUAUCCAGGACUGUGUUGGGUUCAUUCGAACGUAAGGAGUUGAUUUUUGGACUGGGCGUGCUUUAUGGGUUCCUUUUUGCUUUGGGCAGGUUUUAUUUGGAGUUCCCUUUUUAAUGAGUCUAAAUUGAAAGCAUGAGACUACUGCACUUGUGUGUUGCUGCUGUAUGCAGUGUGACACUGAUUUGAACCAGUAGUGGGAGACAUACUCCAACCGUUUUAGAGAUACUGAAGUGUUUGAAGUUACUUCCAUGUACACACGAUGUAAAAGUAAUUUUCUGAUUGUAUAAAAUAGUUUGCUUGCCUUACUCUUCAUGAAUACAUAGGUUUUUUUUAUUUUUAAGAAUUGAUUUGUAUUCUUUUUGGGUUUUAAAAUUAAAUCAUAUUGGAUUUCCUUAAGAGGCACCUCAACCCCUCUGUAAAGUCUUAUGCUGUGAAGAGUGCUACUUGUGUUUUUUAAAAAUCUCUUCUCGAUUUUUCUGUCUCAAGAAGAGACAUUUUAAUUGGUCAGUGAACGACCAAUAACAGUUGCUUUCCUUGUCCCAGUCCUGUAGGAAUUUGCUCAGAGAAUGGGAAUUUCUCAGUCUGGUAUUCCGAAAAUGUUGUGUUUUGAAGUCAUGUAGCCCGAAGCGGUCUUUUACAGUGUCUGCUCCCCUCUUUCUAUCAGGCUUGGCUGCAUAUUCCACGAAGGCAAUUCGAUUGGUUAUUUUUUUUCUAUUCUGUUUUAAUUUGCUACAGUUUGCACUGAAGAGAAGAUGGCCUAUUGAACGCUUUCUAGUUGUCAUUACAACAUUACUUGACAUUUUUAAUGUUCAUUUCAUUUUUUGGAUAUUUAUUUUUGGAAUCAGUAAUCAAUAAUCAGUAUUAUUGUGUACAGGAAGUCUCAUUGUGAGAAUAUUCUGGAUAUUAAUAUUGUUUGUGCCAAUUAUCAAUGCUCCACUGUAAUUAAGGAUGACAGUCAUGUACCAAUAACUGCUACUAAUAAAGAAAACAUAUUACACUCCUUA